UCAAUAAAAAUGUUAAUAAUCGUGAAACCACAUUUCCCACAAACCCUUGCCGGAUAGUGACGCCAAGACGCCUUUGCGUCUCCAAACAUCCGGUCAUGAUUUCAACGCAUCGGCGAACAGGAAAACAUUAAAUAUCUUAAUGGAGACGGAUGAAGUAGCCCAGCCUGAGGAGGCGUCCAAAACCACCGCCUCAACCCGAACUAAAAAGCCCACCAUGGAUCUCUACGUGCCCAAGAAACGCCAAACCGAGAAAACAGAUCCCCAGGAGAAACAUCACACGGCUGAUGACAAAAAAUCCCGACCCAGGCCCCGUUACACUGACAAGGCCCGCAAGAGCAAGAAAGACAAAGCCAAAGCUGGAGAGAACCAGAACGGAGAGGUAAAACAGGUCAAUGCAGGGACAAAAGAGGGGGAUGAAGAGAAUUCAAAAGAAAAUAACGAGGGUCACACAGACAUCCCAUCAGAAACUGUGAAUACAAAUAUCAAUGAUGACCCCAAAACAGCAGAUGAUGAAGAGAUACCCAAAGAAGAAGAAGAAGAAGAGGAGGAGGAUACAGCAGAUAACUGGGAUUCAAUGUUUAAUGAUGAUGGCGACUGUCUCGAACCCAAUUUACUAGAGGAGAUGUCCCUGACGGAGGGCCACCAGAAGAACUCCAAACAGGACCCCCGUUUCGACUACUAUAACUGGUCGCCUCAGGAUGACGAAGAGGUGGAGCUUCGUGAUGACGAGCUGUCACACAUCGUAGAGAUUUACGAUUUUCCAUCCGAGUUCAAGACGGAGGACUUGAUCAGAUCCUUCAGCUCUUUCCAGCAGAAGGGGUUUGAUAUUAAAUGGAUCGAUGAUACACACGUUCUGGGUUUGUUCUCCAGUCCGAUAGCAGCUCGUGAUGCUUUGAGGACGAAGAACCCCAUGAUGAAGAUCAGGCCUCUUUCCAAGUCAUCAAAUGCCACUAAAGCCAAAGCUCGCAGCUGCUCUGAUUAUCUUCUCCCAGCUAAAGAGCGUCCUCAGACCAGUGCAGCUCUGGCUCGCCGGCUGGUGAUCGGUGCAUUGGGUGUGAAGAGCAACCAGACCAAAGAAGACCGAGAGGCUGAGAAGAAAAAACUACAACAAGCAAAAGAGCAAAAGCGUUUGGCUGCUAAACAGCGUGAGGACGCAUGGGAAGGCCAGUGAAGGCACUACAGAUUCUGGGUUGAGGUCUGUAGGAUUCAGACUCUUCCUGUACUGAUGUCAGAAAUGUCUCCCCCUCAGCAGGAGCUGAGUGAAUCAGGACUACUGCCAAACCCAACACAACAGACCGAACCAAAGCCAGAGGAAGGGGGGGUCAUGAGACAGCCAUACGGGCUUGAACAGGGAGAUUUUGUCAUUUAAAUUUUUUCUCAGUAAAUGCUUGCGGUUAAAAAUACAUUUUUAAUGUUUUUUUUUACAUUAUUGUACAUCUGCUUCAAAGCUACCAGUCAGCUUGAACAGUAAUGUUAGAAUCGUCUGCUGUGUGGGUUGGUUUUUGAUUUUGGAUUUAACUAGAUCUCAUCUCACAUCUUAAUAGAAUAGCAUGGGCAUAUUUUACCCCUAUAUUGCACACAUAACAUAACAUUUUUAGGACCCUAAAGUUCCAAUCUACCGUAGGCGAAACAUUGCAUUCUUUGACAGUAAACUUCAUGACAUACAAAAUUAAAAAAUUACGUCACAUAUCUUUGAAAAGCUGAGAUUCUUUUGAAUCAAUCAACACAGUGGGUACAAUUAAUGUCCUUUUUAGGCACAUUUUUUUAGCAUUUUACAAGAAUGCUAAGAGAUUAAGACUUUUUGCAUUGUGACGUUUUUGACAUUUUAAUAACUGUACUGCAAUGCAUAAUAUUUUUUUAAUUGCAAACCAUUUAUACAUCAUGGUAGUAUUUAUUGUAUUGAUUUUCAUUUGCAUUCAUUUUUUGAAUAGAUUUUUUUUUUUAAAUCUAAGAAUAACUGUCCAGACUCAUUACAAAAAUAUAUUAACACAAAUCUGGUGAGAUGCAUUUAUUGCAAGUGUCACUAUUACAAGGUUUUAAAAUUUCCUAAAAUGGGAUCAUAUGAAUUUGACUAAAAACUUGAACAUUUUGUUUAAUACCAGUUAACACUUGUGAACCAGCCUAGAAUAAAGCUUUGUGUGAUUUUCUCUCAAUGGCUCAAGUUUGUAAAGUUCAGGUACCAGGUUGAACACAAACAUCAUGGUUUGACUUUGAUCUAACACGUUUAUUUAGACACAUUUCUCAUGCACUGGAUUGUCCAGCUGUGAUCGAAAUAAAAUGUUCCUUUGCAAAUGUUAA